CGCCUCAUAAACUGAGUUUCCCUCAAACUCUCACACACACUCUCACUCACUCACAGUCACACAACACACACUCUUACUCACCAAUUGAGAGGGAAUUAAGUAACUUUUAUUGGUAGAGAGAGAGAGAGGGAGAAGGGGACAAAAGGGUUCAGCUUUUUGAGGGUGAAAGUGAGAUCUUUUAAGCGCACAUCCGUUUAGCAAGAGGUAAACACUUAAACCACAGACCCAGAUAGGGAAAACCAACACACCCCAACAUCACAAAAAAGAAAGAAAAAAAAAACUUAAUGUGCACGCCAUUGGGGUGAGAUGAGAUAGGAGAAAGAAGAAAAGAAAACAACUUCUCCAAAUUAGGGCUUUUAUUCUUUCCCAUCAAUUCCACUCCUUUGUUUCACUCUCAAAACUCCCACCACAGUAGAGACAUGUUGGACUACGAAUGGGGGAACCCCUCUCCGAUAAUGCUCACCGGAAACGAGGACAACGCCGCCGCGGCCUCCGACCAAGCCCCCCGCCAAAUCUUCGACCACUACGCCUCCCACACGCUCAUCCCCGACCACUUCCUCCACGCGCCAACGCACUCCUCCGCCACCACCGCCGCCGCCGCCACCGUGGAUUUCACCCACCACCACCACCACUUCAACCCCCAGCCCCAUCACAACCACAUGAACAACCACCACCACGCCUUCUUCGACCCACGCGCCUUCCACAGCGCGUCCCCCGCCUCCUACCCCCCACCCCCCUCCAUGCUCUCCCUUGACCCGCUCCCCCACGUCAACUGCGGGCCUGGGCCGGGUCACGGACCUGGCCCAGGCCCCGGCCUCCUCCUCGUCCCAAAGUCCGAGGAUAUCAACCGUCCUAUGGACUUUGUCGGCUCACGAAUUGGACUCAAUCUCGGAGGGCGCACUUAUUUCUCGUCCUCCGAGGAUGACUUCGUGAACCGACUUUACCGUCGGUCUCGCCCCGCAGAGCAGGGUUCGACGGCCUCGUCGAACUCGCCGCGUUGCCAGGCCGAGGGAUGCAAUGCUGAUCUGUCCCAGGCCAAGCACUACCACCGCCGCCACAAGGUGUGCGAGUUUCACUCCAAAGCUGCCACGGUCAUCGCCGCCGGGUUGACUCAGCGAUUCUGCCAGCAAUGCAGCAGGUUCCAUCUUCUUUCUGAGUUUGAUAACGGAAAACGUAGCUGCAGGAAGAGGUUGGCAGAUCAUAAUCGCCGCAGAAGAAAAACUCAGCAGCCAACUCAAGAAAUCCAGAAAUCUCAGCCAUCUUUGGAUAAUGUUGCAAGAUCUCCACCGGACUCCGGAGCUCAGUCUUCCUCGUCGGUGACAGUGGCGGUGUCGCCGCCGGAUUAUUUCCGGCAGAGGCCAUACCAAAGUGCAAACCCUUCAACGACUUCAAGCUCACUGUUUUUCUCAAGCGGGUAGUGCAUGUUGAUUUGCAUGGCUAAUUAAUAUUUGCAAGGAAGAAUUAACGGAGGAGCGUCAUCAUCAACAAAUAAUAUAUAGUGAACUACUACUUCCACUUGUAACUUAAUUUCUCCUGAUUUAAUUUCCAACCUUUUUAAUCUUCUGUUAUUAAUUUGUACGAAUUGUGAUUUAAAUCAUCUAUGUUAAUUAUCACCACCCUUAAUUUUCUA